AUGCUGGGGAGGAAGGGGGCGAGGGAAGCCGGACGGCGGGGAGGAAGGGGGCGAGGGGAGCCAGACGGCGGGGAGGAAGGGAGCCGGACGGCGGGGAGGGAGGGGGCGAGGGGGGCCGGACGGCGGGGAGGAAGGGGGCGAGGGGGGCCGGACGGCGGGCGAGGGGGGCCGGACGGCGGGGAGGAAGGGGGCGAGGGGGGCCGGACGGCGGGGAGGAAGGGGGCGAGGGGGGCCGGACGGCGGGGAGGAAGGGGGCGAGGGGGGCCGGACGGCGGGGAGGAAGGGGGCGAGGGGGGCCGGACGGCGGGGAGGAAGGGGGCGAGGGGGGCCGGACGGCGGGGAGGAAGGGGGCGAGGGGGGCCGGACGGCGGGGAGGAAGGGGGCGAGGGGGGCCGGACGGCGGGGAGGAAGGGGGCGAGGGGGGCCGGACGGCGGGGAGGAAGGGGGCCGGACGGCGGGGAGGAAGGGGGCGAGGGGGGCCGGACGGCGGGGAGGAAGGGGGCGAGGGGAGCCGGACGGCGGGGAGGAAGGGGGCGAGGGGGGGCCGGACGGCGGGGAGGAAGGGGGCGAGGGGGGGCCGGACGAGGGGCAGGAAGAGUGCGAGGGGAGCCAGACGAGGGGCAGGAAGGGGGCGAGGGGGGGCCGGACGAGGGGCAGGAAGGGGGCGAGGGGGGGCCGGACGAGGGGCAGGAAGGGGGCGAGGGGAGCCGGACGAGGGGCAGGAAGGGGGCGAGGGGAGCCGGACGAGGGGCAGGAAGGGGGCGAGGGGAGCCGGACGAGGGGCAGGAAGAGGGCGAGGGGAGCCGGACGCCGGGGAGGAUGGGGGCGAGGGGAGCCGGACGCCGGGGAGGAAGGGGGCGAGGGGAGCCGGACGCCGGGGAGGAAGGGGGCGAGGGGAGCCGGACGAGGGGCAGGAAGGGGGCGAGGGGAGCCGGACGCCGGGGAGGAAGGGGGCGAGGGGAGCCGGACGAGGGGCAGGAAGGGGGCGAGGGGAGCCGGACGAGGGGCAGGAAGGGGGCGAGGGGAGCCGGACGAGGGACAGGAAGGGGGCGAGGGGAGCCGGACGAGGGGCAGGAAGGGGGCGAGGGGAGCCGGACGCCGGGGAGGAUGGGGGCGAGGGGAGCCGGACGCCGGGGAGGAAGGGGGCGAGGGGAGCCGGACGAGGGGCAGGAAGGGGGCGAGGGGAGCCGGACGCCGGGGAGGAAGGGGGCGAGGGGAGCCGGACGAGGGGCAGGAAGGGGGCGAGGGGAGCCGGACGAGGGGCAGGAAGAGGGCGAGGGGAGCCGGACGCCGGGGAGGAAGGGGGCGAGGGGAGCCGGACGAGGGGCAGGAAGGGGGCGAGGGGAGCCGGACGAGGGGCAGGAAGAGGGCGAGGGGGGGCCGGACGGCGGGGAGGAAGGGGGCGAGGGGGGGCCGGACGAGGGGCAGGAAGGGGGCGAGGGGAGCCGGACGAGGGGCAGGAAGGGGGCGAGGGGAGCCGGACGAGGGGCAGGAAGGGGGCGAGGGGAGCCGGACGAGGGGCAGGAAGGGGGCGAGGGGAGCCGGACGAGGGGCAGGAAGGGGGCGAGGGGAGCCGGACGAGGGGCAGGAAGGGGGCGAGGGGAGCCGGACGAGGGGCAGGAAGGGGGCGAGGGGAGCCGGACGAGGGGCAGGAAGGGGGCGAGGGGGGGCCGGACGAGGGGCAGGAAGGGGGCGAGGGGAGCCGGACGAGGGGCAGGAAGGGGGCGAGGGGAGCCGGACGAGGGGCAGGAAGGGGGCGAGGGGAGCCGGACGAGGGGCAGGAAGGGGGCGAGGGGAGCCGGACGAGGGGCAGGAAGGGGGCGAGGGGAGCCGGACGAGGGGCAGGAAGGGGGCGAGGGGAGUCAAGAAAUGGAGUUGCAUUUGGUGGGGGAGAAGAGUUUAGAUAGUGGGGUGAGGGAUAUAGGAGGGGAUUUUAGAAAUGACUUGUUGUAUAUGAUUAUGGGGCGAAGGUGGUGA